AUGGAUCUAGAUAUCCACACUGUUAAGCGUGCUGAGGGUUUCCUUAACGCCACCGAGGAUAAGAACGGUUCGUGCAUCUCGGAUGACCCGGCUGAGGAUCAACUUAAGGAGAUGCACGAGAGACCAUCUGUGCGUGAUCGCCCGUGGCCUCUCGACCUCUUAUUUGAAAACUCACCUACUCGAUUCUUGUCCGAUGGCUAG